GACUCGGCUGUAAACCGCUUAGAAACGGUUUUAAGCAGAUUCUUGCUUUUACUUACGCUUUCCUGCAAAGUAAAAUUGUCGGUCCUGUCGAGAAAGUCCUAAAAACCGGCAUUACCCCUCAUUGUUUAGCUUUAACCAUAUCUUUUGGUGUUGUAUGUGGUUUGUUUCCUCUUCCUGGGACCACUUUAAUUCUUUGCGCUGUUGUCGCCUAUGUUUUUUCUUUAAAUCAAGCUCUCAUUCAAGUAAUUAAUCUUUGUCUAACGCCAGUGGAGCUUUUAUGUAUUCCACUUUGCUAUAAAAUGGGACUUAUAAUUUUCAAAACCAGUAACAACCCGUUGUCAGCGGCUCUUUUUGUGAAAAAUCUCAAAAGUAAUUUUUGGGAAAGCUUAAAACUUUUUAAAGGCUUUAUACUAACGUCAAUCCUUGGCUGGCUCUUACUUGCCCCCCUCAGUGGCUUCGUACUUUACGCCUUAAGUUUUCCGUUUUUUCAUUGGCUCCUAAAGAAAAAUUUUAUUUCCGUACGCGAAACGAGAAUGUCAGAGUGCAAUGAAGACGAAGAAAAUUUGCUCAUGUUGAAGAAGAACCCGAAUCCUCUACCGACACCGACCCGGUAUAAAACUACUACUGACAAAUAGUAGGAGAAUGAGAAUAUCAUUUGAUUUUACAUCAUUAAAGUGAAUAAAAAGAGUAUA